AUGAAGUCUGUACUGUACUAUGAUGAUUCUGAAGACCUCUACCACCAUAACCAAUAUCAAUCUCACUUUCUUGAUUCUUGUUUCCUUUGCCAGAGACCCUUGCCUCAGAACAGUGACAUCUUCAUGUACAGAGGAAAUACUCCAUUUUGUAGUCAAGAGUGCAGGCAAGAGCAGAUAGAGAUUGAUGAGGCUAAAGAAAGAAGAUGGAAUAGAUCAUCAAACAAAAAGCAAACAACAGAUUCUAGGAAAGAAUCUGCUCCAAAUAAAGCUAUUAGAACCGGUGCAGUUGCUGUGGCCUAA